AUGGCUAGGGUUUAUGACAAUUGGGAGAGGUUGGUUAGGGCGACGCUGAGGAGAGAACAGCUGCGGCAUACGGGACCAGGUGGACAUGAGAGGACUUCCAGCGGUAUUGCUGGUGCUGUUCCCGAUUCGCUACAGCGCACCACCAAUGUUAACGCUAUUCUUCAAGCUGCCGACGAAAUUCAAGCUGAAGACCCCAAUAUCUCGAGAAUUCUAUGUGAGCAGGCAUAUUCUAUGGCUCAGAGUUUGGACCCCAACAGUGAUGGCCGAGGCGUUCUACAGUUUAAGACUGGAUUAAUGUCUGUUAUUAAGCAAAAACUUGCGAAAAAGGAUGGGACGCCUUUUGAUCGUAGUCGUGAUAUUGAGAAACUGUGGGAGUUUUACCAACGCUAUAAAAGGCAGCAUAGAAUAGAAGACAUCCAGAAAGAAGAGGAAAGAUGGCGUGAAUCUGGAGCAUACAGUACUAAUAUUGGCGACUUGUCAGAAAUGAGAAGGGUAAUUGCCACCUUGAAGGCAUUAGUCGAAGUCAUGGAGGCCUUGAGCAAAGAUGCUCCUGAAGCAUUGGGAAAGAGAAUCACAGAUGAGUUAAGAAGGAUAAAAACAUCAGAUGCAACUCUAUCAGCGGAGCUCACCCCGUAUAAUAUAGUCCCUCUGGAAGCGACAUCUCUAACCAAUGCGAUUGGAUUUUUCCCAGAAGUCCGAGGUGCCAUAUCAGCUAUUAAAUGUAACGAACAAUUCCCCCAGCUUCCUGCUGAUUUUCAGGUUUCUGGGCAGCGAGAAGUGGACAUGUUUGAUCUGUUGGAGUAUGUGUUUGGUUUUCAGAGGGAUAAUGUCAGAAAUCAGCGUGAGAAUGUGAUCCUUGCUCUUGCAAAUGCACAGUCACGACUUGGCUUACCUGUUGAAGCAGAUCCUAAAAUUGAUGAAAAGGCAAUCAAAGAGGUCUUUCUAAAGGUGCUAGACAAUUACAUAAAGUGGUGCAGAUAUUUGCGUAUUCGCCUUGUUUAUAAUAGUUUAGAAGCCAUUAAUCGAGAUAGGAAGCUUUUUCUGGUCUCUCUAUACUACUGCAUAUGGGGUGAAGCUGCCAAUGUCCGCUUUCUUCCUGAAUGUAUCUGUUAUAUAUUCCACCAUAUGGCUAGAGAAUUAGAUGCAAUAUUGGAUCACGGAGAAGCUCACCCAGCUCCAAGUUGUACAACUGAAAAUGGUUCCGUGUCCUACCUUGAGCGAGUCAUCCGUCCUAUAUAUGUUGCAAUGGACGCAGAAGCAAAAAAUGGGGUUGGGAAAUCAUCUCAUGCAAAAUGGCGGAAUUAUGAUGACUUUAAUGAAUAUUUCUGGUCUCCUACUUGUCUUGAGUUGAGUUGGCCCAUGAAGGAGGAUUCAUCAUUUCUCUUAAAGCCUGGGAGAAGGAAAAGGACGGGUAAGAGUAACUUUGUUGAACAUAGGACAUUUCUCCACUUGUACCGAAGCUUCCAUCGCAUGUGGAUGUUUUUGGCGAUAAUGUUUCAGAUCUUGACUAUCAUAGCCUUCAACGAUGGAAGAAUUAAUCUCGACACUUUUAAGACAGUCCUUAGUGCUGGUCCCACAUUUGCAGUAAUGAACUUUUUGGAGAGUUCCCUGGAUGUCCUCCUUAUGUUUGGUGCUUACACAACCGCUAGAGGAAUGGCUAUAUCUAGGCUUUUCAUUAGGUUUUUCUGGUGGGCUGUGAGCUCUGUAUUUAUUACCUACAUGUACAUAAAAGUUUUACAGGAAAGAAAUGAUUCCAACUCUUUGUACUUUCGGAUCUAUAUCCUUGUGUUGGGAGUAUAUGCUGGGCUACGGCUUAUUUUGGCAAUAUUCUUGAAAAUACCUGCAUGCCACUCCUUUUCUGCGAUGGCUGAUCAGUCAUUUUUCCAGUUUUUCAAAUGGAUUUACCAGGAAAGAUAUUUUGUCGGCCGAGGUCUUGUCGAAAGGACAACCGAUUACAUAAGAUAUGUGGUUUUCUGGCUGGUCAUCUUCAUCUGCAAGUUCACAUUUGCCUACUUUCUUCAGAUUAAGCCCCUGGUGGAACCGACGAAUAUAAUAGUAAAGAUCCGUUCCUUGCAAUACUCGUGGCAUGACUUGGUAUCCAAGAAUAACAACAAUGCUCUGACACUAGCUAGCUUGUGGGCUCCUGUUGUGGCUAUCUAUCUCAUGGAUAUUCACAUUUGGUAUACUUUGUUAUCUGCAAUUGUUGGUGCUGUGAUGGGUGCACGGGCCCGUUUAGGAGAGAUCCGUUCAAUUGAAAUGGUACAUAGACGCUUUGAGAACUUUCCAGAAGCUUUUGUCAAGAAUCUUGUUUCACCUCUGGCGAAAAGGAUGGCUUUUGAGAGGCCUUCAUCGCAGGCUCCUCAAGAUAAUAACAAAGAGUGUGCAGCUAUGUUUUCUCCAUUUUGGAAUGAAAUCAUAAAAAGCCUACGUGAGGAAGACUAUAUCAGCAACAGGGAGAUGGACUUGCUGUCAAUGCCUAGUAACAGGGGAAUGAUCAGAUUAGUUCAAUGGCCUCUUUUCCUUCUUAGUAGUAAGAUUUUAUUGGCAAUUGACUAUGCUCUGGACUGCAAAGAUACACAAACAGAUCUAUGGAAUAGACUAUGCAAGGAUGAAUAUAUGGCUUAUGCUGUUCAAGAGUGCUACUACAGCAUAGAAAAAGUUCUGCAUUCUCUGGUGGAUGGAGAGGGGAGACUCUGGGUUGAAAGAAUAUUUCGUGAAAUCAACAACAGUAUUCAAGAGGGUUCUCUUGUCAUCACAUUAAAUCUUAAGAAGCUGCCUAUGGUGCUGUCACGAUUUACGGCAUUGACAGGACUGCUGAUAAGAAACGAAACUCCAGAACUAGCCAAAGGUGCUGCAAAAGCCAUUUUUGAUCUGUAUGAGGUGGUUACCCAUGAAUUAUUGUCUACAGAUCUAAGGGAGCAGCUUGAUACGUGGAAUAUAUUGGCCAGGGCUAGAAAUGAAGGGAGGCUGUUUUCGAGGAUUGAGUGGCCCAAGGAUUCUGAAAUUAAAGAGCAGGUCAAAAGGUUGCACCUGCUUCUCACAGUGAAGGAUUCUGCAGCUAAUAUACCGAAGAACCUUGAAGCAAGGAGAAGAUUGGAAUUUUUCACAAAUUCAUUGUUUAUGGACAUGCCAGCAGCGAAGCCAGUCUGUGAAAUGAUGCCCUUCUGUGUCUUCACACCGUACUACAGCGAGAUUGUUCUUUAUAGUUCCAAUGAUUUGCGGGCUGAAAAUGAAGAUGGCAUAUCCACCCUUUUCUAUCUCCAGAAAAUAUUUCCAGAUGAAUGGGAGAAUUUCCUGGAACGAAUUGGACAUGGUGAUAGUGCUGAUGCUGAAAUUCAACGAAGUUCUAGUGAUGCCUUGGAACUCCGGUUUUGGGCGUCUUACAGAGGGCAAACUUUAGCUCGGACAGUUAGAGGCAUGAUGUAUUACAGAAGAGCGUUGAUGCUACAGAGUUUCUUGGAAAAGAGAUCCAUGGGAGAUUCUUAUUCCCAAAUAAGUUUUCCCCGCACUCAAGGUUUUGAGUUGUCACCUGAAGCUCGAGCACAAGCGGAUAUAAAAUUCACUUAUGUAGUUUCAUGUCAAAUUUAUGGGCAACAAAAGCAAAGCAAACGUCCGGAGGCUGCUGAUAUUGCUCUUUUGUUGCAAAGGAAUGAGGCACUUCGUGUUGCUUUUGUGCAUGUGGAGGAGUCUGUUGAUACGGAGGGAAAGGUGAAAAAGGACUUCUAUUCAAAACUCGUAAAAUCUGAUGGACAUGGGAAAGAUCAGGAAAUAUUUUCGAUAAAACUCCCUGGGGAUCCAAAACUUGGGGAGGGAAAGCCUGAAAACCAAAACCAUGCAAUAAUUUUUACACGUGGUGAUGCUGUGCAAACAAUUGACAUGAAUCAGGAUAACUACCUUGAAGAAGCCAUGAAAUUGAGGAACCUGCUUGAGGAAUUUCGUGGAAAACACGGACUUCGCCCUCCAACUAUUCUUGGAGUGAGAGAGCAUGUCUUCACAGGAAGUGUUUCUUCUUUGGCUUGGUUCAUGUCCAACCAAGAGACUAGCUUCGUGACACUGGGCCAGCGGGUUUUGGCAAAACCUCUCAAAGUUCGUAUGCACUAUGGUCACCCAGAUGUCUUUGAUCGUGUUUUUCAUAUUACUCGUGGUGGGAUUAGUAAAGCAUCGCGUGUGAUUAAUAUUAGUGAAGAUAUCUAUGCAGGGUUUAAUUCAACGCUGAGGCAGGGUAAUAUUACUCAUCAUGAGUAUAUUCAGGUUGGAAAGGGAAGAGAUGUAGGCUUGAACCAAAUUGCAACAUUUGAAGGCAAGGUUGCUGGUGGCAACGGAGAACAAGUUCUGAGCAGGGAUGUUUACCGGCUGGGACAACUUUUUGAUUUUUUCCGAAUGUUGUCAUUCUAUUUCACCACUGUCGGUUAUUACGUUUGCACCAUGAUGACUGUUCUGACAGUAUAUAUAUUUCUCUAUGGAAGAGCAUAUCUUGCGUUUUCUGGAGUAGAUAGGGGGAUUUCUAAAGAAGCUAAAAUAUUGGGGAAUACUGCAAUAGAUGCUGUUUUAAAUGCUCAAUUCUUGGUCCAAAUUGGAGUUUUCACUGCCGUUCCUAUGAUAAUGGGCUUCAUACUAGAGCUUGGCUUGCUGAAGGCUAUUUUUAGCUUUGUCACCAUGCAACUUCAACUAUGUUCUGUCUUCUUCACAUUCUCUUUGGGAACCAGAACACAUUACUUUGGGCGUACCAUCCUGCAUGGAGGUGCAAAGUAUCGACCAACUGGACGAGGAUUUGUUGUGCAACACAUAAAAUUUGCGGAAAAUUAUCGGCUGUAUUCAAGAAGUCAUUUUGUCAAGGCGCUGGAAGUGGCAUUGCUUCUUAUAGUAUACAUUGCUUAUGGCUAUGUAGAUGGAGGUCAUGCCGUCUCUUUUAUUUUACUUACUCUGAGCAGUUGGUUCCUUGUAAUAUCAUGGCUCUUUGCUCCUUACAUCUUCAAUCCAUCUGGCUUUGAGUGGCAAAAGACUGUGGAGGAUUUUGAUGAUUGGACGAGCUGGCUGAUGUAUAAAGGUGGAGUCGGUGUUAAGGGUGAAAGUAGCUGGGAGUCCUGGUGGGAUGAAGAACAGAUGCAUAUCCAGACCUUGAGAGGACGUAUACUAGAGACCAUUUUAAGCUUAAGAUUCUUUAUAUUUCAAUACGGAAUUGUAUACAAGCUCAAACUAACUGGGAGUGACACUUCACUUGCGAUCUAUGGCUUCUCUUGGAUCGUCCUGGUCGGAAUCGUCCUGGUUUUUAAGAUUUUCACUUUUAGCCCUAAAAGGUCCACAAACUUCCAACUGAUGCUCCGAUUUACUCAAGGAGUUACAUCAUUGGGACUUAUCGCUGCCCUUUGCCUUGUGGUGGUCUUUACCCAACUCUCUGUGCCGGACUUGUUUGCCAGUGUGCUUGCAUUUAUUCCCACCGGAUGGGCCGUUAUAUGUCUUGCAAUCACUUGGAAGAAGAUCGUGAGGAGCCUAGGGCUUUGGGAUUCAGUGAAAGAGUUUGCCCGAAUGUAUGAUGCUGGGAUGGGCAUGCUGAUAUUCGCCCCGAUUGCAAUGUUAUCUUGGUUCCCAUUCAUUUCCACUUUCCAGUCUCGCUUGCUCUUUAACCAAGCCUUCAGUCGCGGAUUGGAGAUCUCCCUGAUUUUAGCUGGGAACAAAGCAAACGUUGAGGUGUAG